AUGCGCGAAGCGCACUGCGCAGUCGCGCACCUUCUUUCGUCUCCCUCCCAACCUCCAUUCUUCUUCUUCUUCUCCAUAACCGCCGCGGCAGCAGCGCCGGCCACCACCACACGGCCGUCCCUUCUCUCACCAUCAGCCCCUACAGCAGCACCAUCCUCUUCUAUAGUAGCAGCUCCAUCUUCAUCUACAGCUCCACCUUCAGUCCCUGAGCCUACUUACCUAUUGGUCCAGCGUCUAUUCUGGUUUUUGGAGCGAGAGAGACUCCAUGUCAGACGCCGAUUAGAUCGGAUGGACCAGGCGCUUAUUUCUCUGGGUUCUGAGUUACCUCCGCUUCCCGACUCUCCGGCCUCCGAUGAGCCGGAUCAUCAGGAGGAGGAUGCGGAGGCACCGACUCAGCAGGAUGCCCCAGCCACUACAGAGCCACCACAGCCCCAUGCGGAGCCGAUCCCACCGCCUCAGACAGAUUCAGCACCUACCGUUGUCCCUUCUACUGAUCCUCCAGUUUAG